AUGGAUGCCCUACCAGAUGAGAUUAUUGUUUACCUGUUUUCUUUCCUCACACCACCCGAGAUCACCACAACCCAGCUUGUGUGUCGCCGCUUCCUUAGAAUCGGGCGUGAUGACAAUUUAUGGCGCGACGAGUGCUUCGAAAUUUCAAGAUACUUGGUGAAUCUUCGACGGAGAAAUCGAGCAAAGCCGAUACCAACCGUUUCCGCCGGCGAGCCUCGUUCUGGAGAUGUGCUGGGAGCUGAAACGGAAGACCAACUUGGGCAACGCUCUGUGACAUCAGUGGCUCGCCAUGAGCAACAUAACAGCAAUCAAAGGGCAACCGAGAGAAUACGCGUGAUGGCUAACUGGGACCCCUCGUACCAAGCAGAGAAAGUAGACUGGUAUACGGAGUUCAUCCAUCGGACGGCACCGAUCUGCACCAAGUGGUUCCAAAAACCUUUGAAACAGGGCGGCGGUAGGACAGAAUCGCCACUGGAGGUUCGCGGUAUUGGGGCGUAUUAUCUUCCUGGGAGCGAAGAUAUGGGAAUGGCCAUUGCCCCGCUAGAAGACGGCAGUGUUUGCCUCUGGGAUGUUAAAGGCAGCAUUAUAGGUCGAAGUGGGGAAGGAUCCUUGAGUGGUGUUGAGCACAACCGUGCUUUGGGGCAAGGCAAUGCUACCUGCGGAAUUAUAGAUGGGAUCAGCAUUAACAGCGACAUAAACAGGGCGUUCAUUGCGGUUGAGAAAGAUGUUAUGGAGGUGGACUUACAGACACUCCGAACAGUAAGCCAGACACGCUAUCCAUCAUCUAUAUCAGCCAUGUCUGAAGCUCGAGGCUCAACGCCAAUAACUAUCGGAACAAAUGACGACUUUCAUCUGUACGAUCAUCGCAUCCACAAAACAAGCCCUUUAGGAAAUUCCGAGCUAGAGCGGCUUGAAGGAAGCCAGAAUGAUGCCCCAGCAUUUCGUAGAGCGCCCAAGUUACAAGGGGAUUACAGUAUUCGACGAUCAUUCGCGAAGCCGGUGGCAUUGUCGAUUCUCCAUAUGCUCAACUACGGUGAGGAUACGGCUAGUGACAUUUUCGUUGCUGGUCGAUUUACUAGUAUCAUGAACUAUGACAGAAGGUUUCUUUCUAAACCUCGAACCGUCAUACACUCAGGGGCGAGGCUUUCUUCCUUGGCGUAUAUUCCAUACUCAUUUUCAAAAGACGCAGCUGCCAGCAUGCGGUAUUCUGAGUUGUCUGUUGGCGAGGUGCGCUCAGUAAAAUCAACUCCAGGAAACACCCUCAUAGCAUGUGGCGAAUAUGGGGGCAGAGGCUCAUUGGACCUUUAUGGGCUUUCAGAGUUGCCCAGUGACUCUACUACAGUCGGUACGGGGCGGACUCUACAAUCUGCAUUCAAGAACAGACUGACUUCAUCAACCUCUAUGAUUUUAUCAGUGAUCCCGCAUGGGUCUCGCCUCGUUUUUUCUGACGGGAAUGGUAACCUGAAAUGGGUCGAGCGGGAUGGUCUCACCGAGGUGCGUCAGUGGAAUAUUUCCCACGAGAUUCCGGAUAAUAGGCCCAGAGGGAUAUUUGGAACUGUGGACAACGAAUAUGAGAAUUCAGUGGAUAUCGCCCGCAAGCUGUUGCCAACGAGGAAGCAUGGGGCUCCGGCAGCUAUUAACAUGGAUAACCUUAUAUUAUGGAAUGGGGAGAAGAUUGGGCUGGUCCAGUUCUCAAACAAACAGCACAGCGGGGCUGUAGACUUUGAAGAGGUGGCGAAGUCUCUUGAAGAGCGCCAUCAUGAAGAUUCUGAGAGAGCCUAUAGAGAGUUGACCCGCAGGGCGCUGGAAGCCCAGGCUGACGAAGUGAGACUGAUGAGAGGCCUCGGAUUGUCCGGCCCCUAG